AUGGAUUACAAAGACCGUAAAGGAAACAACUUGUUGCACAUGGCAGCUCAAAGAAUGAGUUUAGAUACUUGUAAAAUUUUGUUGCAAAAGUUUGAUUGGACUGAAAAAGGUGAAGAUAACUUAAAUGUCUGGCAAAUGGCAUUGGUCUAUAAGAACUAUCCAUUGAUCGACUACCUUAUUGAUCAGAAUAUCGACUUGGAUUUACAAGAAAACGAGAUCAAGCCUGCUUUGGUCGAAAAAAUGAAAUCUACUUUAUUCAAUGCAAUGAAAUUAAAUCGAAAAUGA